AUGGAGUCAACGUUGAAACUUUCCAUCAAUACCGAAAAAUGGUUAUUCACGUAUGACCAAUGGAUGAAUACACCUAGCAGAAAGCAAGGGCUAGAUGCAGAAAAAGAGCUGAAGUACCGCCAGGAAUCAGCGAGCUUGAUCUCCGACGCUGGUCAGGUCCUGAAGCUCUCAAUGGGGCUAAUAAACAGUGCUGUGGUUUACAUGCAUCGGUUUUACAUGUAUCAUUCAAUCUUAAAGUUUCAUCGAUACACCACAGCUUGUACUGCGCUGUAUUUAGCAGCGAAAGUUGGAAACGAUUUUCGAAAAUACGAACACGUGUAUGCUGCUUGCAUAAAGUUCUUUGAUGAAAGUGGUGUAUCUGUCGAGGCCAUUAAGGAAUGGAAAAUGGAUCAAGAAAAUAUCUUUUUUGAUGAGACAAUAAUGCUCCAAACUUUGGGCUUUGAAGUAGACAUCGAACUGCCUCAUACUCACAUCAUCAAGUGCCUGGUUUUGAUAAACGCUGAUAAAAAUCCAGAUAUUAGCAAGACGUCUUAUCUUCUGGCGACCCAGUUAAUACAGCUGACGACUUUUAGUAUUCACUUUGAGUCCUCGGUGAUUGCUUGCAUCGCUAUUUACAUUACUCUAAAGUGGACCAACUGGGAGAUUCAUCUCAGCAGCGAGGGCAAAGAGUGGUUCUCGUAUGUUGAAUCUACUGUGACUAUCGAAUUGAUGGACCAAGCGGUCGAAGUCUUCCUGGACAUCUAUCGAGAGUCUCCCUGCAGAAUGAGGAGGACAUUUGACGCCAUUUAUGAAAAGUACAAUAAUACUUUAUACCCAAAAGAAAUUCUACUUCAAGAAUACAUGAAGAGAAAACCUUCAGACAAUUCAGCAACCAGAAUUCCUAUGGAUUUGCCGCUUCCGAAAUUUUCUGUUGAAUUUCAGACUUCUCUUUCAAUGGCAGCUAAAAAGUGUCCUGUAAUACGAAAACGAAAACACUUUAGUUAA